GGCACUACCAAAAAAAUAGACGCGCUGCUUUAAAUGUGUUUUUAAAAAUUUCAUUGUGCAAUAAAGGAGUCAUAGGUGUAAACCCAAUUUCGAUAUAAAGGAAGGGCUUGCGUGGCACCCACCACAACUGAAUUGUAUUGAAAACAGCAGAUAAUACACGCUCUAAACAUUGAAAAUCUUGGAGAUAUGGAAACCGCCGAUGCGACUUCGCAAUCGGAUAUCCAAAUCGACUACAAAACCCCGAAAAAGACCCAGUCGCUGAUAGACAGUGAACAGUUGCUGGACAAGAUCAACAUACUCACCACCAAACCGGAGAAUCACUCCCAGAAUGCCAAGCUUCCGACAAUCAAGGACUUUGUUAUCAUUAAGCCAAUUAGCCGCGGCGCCUUUGGAAAGGUGUUUUUGGGCUACAAGAACAACGAUUCAAAGCGGUUGUUCGCCAUCAAGGUGAUGCGAAAGUCGGAGAUGAUUAACAAGAACAUGGUUUCCCAGGUGAUUACCGAGAGAAAUGCUCUGGCCCUUUCCCGAUCGGAGUUCUGCGUGAGUCUCUUCUACUCGCUGCAAUCGCUGUCCUACGUUUACCUGGUGAUGGAGUACAUGGUGGGCGGUGACCUUAAAUCACUGCUGGCCAUGUUUGGGUAUUUUGACGAGCCCACCUCCCGAUUCUAUGUUGCCGAGAUGGUAAUGGCACUACAGUACCUACACCAGCACGGAAUUGUGCAUCGCGACAUCAAGCCGGACAACAUGUUGCUCUCGGCGACUGGUCACGUGAAGCUCACCGACUUUGGGCUGAGCAAGAUCGAUAUGCGACGAGAUCUAGAGAUAUCGGACCUCAUAAACUGCUCUCCGAAUCUAAAUGCCCGCACGCCGGGACAGCUUCUGUCGCUCACCUCGCAUUUGUCCUUCGGCUCAGAAAAAAAGCUGCAGGAUUUUGGUUCCUCUGCAAGUGGACAAGCCAUCGGAAUGGGAGCGGUGGCUACCGGUACAUCACACUUUUUGCAGGCCAUUAACAAGCACAGUCUGAUUAUGGAGCUGUCGGACAGCGAAGCCGACACCUCACUUAACGAUGCUGAAAAGACGAGCGACAGCAAGAUCUCCGGAGUGUCCCCUUUCUUUUCCGCUGAAGAAGCCAAUGAAUCUAUAACCCACACGUGCACGACUAACAUCAAUGUGGGUAUACCUACCUUUGUCUUGACACCCCAGGAUAGCAGCUCAUCAUGCUCGUUUCAUACUUGCAAUUCGGCUGAUUUGAGCAAGUGCUCGCCUCCACUGCAGCCGGAUGGAGUCGGUGCUGCCGCAGUGGAUGCGAUUCCCAGCAAACGUCGCGUGGAGUUCGCAUUGGACUUGGCUCCUUGCCAGGGCUGCAAACUGGCCGAGCAGGACAGCGGUAAUAUGGCCACCAAUGGAGGCAAACAUUUGCCUAAGCUGGAGAAUGCCAGCGAGGCAUCUUUUGAGUUUUCCAUGAUGCGCAGGCGAUCGGUCGACGAGCGGAAUCGGAUCCUAAAAGGGCAAGAGGAUUCGGGCGUUUCAAGUCGCAAGGGCGACGACUACUCCAGCUGUCAUUUGAAUCUGAACAGCGAAAGCACGGCCUCGUCGAUUGAAAAGAAUGCGGAGAACCUGAGCCAGUCCAAGGAGGACUUUAGCUGUUCUGACUACUCGCGGAGCUACAAUAUGACAAACGGCAACGAGAUGAGCGGGAUCCAAAUGAACUCUCCGUUUCGUAAUCUGUCCAAGCACUUCAAGCGUCCCGACUUUCUGCGCGGCAUGAAGCGGAAGAUCAACCUGGUUAACCGCUCCGACAACAUGUCCAGUAUGGAAGCCGAUGGCUCCAGUUCGGGCAAUGGCAGCGCCAACACCGGAUUGACCCAGGAGAUCGAGAUCCUCAACAUUGGCAGCAGCACGCCCAAGAAGCGCAAGGCGCGCUCUUCGCCGAUUCGAGGGGUCCUCAAGGUGCGCUCUCUAUCGGAUGACGAGAUGCCCAUUAACCAUCUGCUCGGACCGGAGGCGAAUGUGGCCAAUGUGGUAUUUUCUACGCCCGUCUCCUCACAGAAGUUGCCACGUCGUGAUGGCGGUCUGCUGGGAAAACUGAAGGCAACUCGCUUUGCUCUGCCCCUUUCCAUCGAAAACAAGAAGAAGGAACACGCAGCCUCCGAAAAAAUGUCAGGUUUGCACUACCAUCUGAAACUAUCCGACGAUCCCACCAUGUCGCCUAUCAACCAUGGAGCCGGCAUUCUGCCAAAGACACCGAAAAACGUGAACAUCAAUACACCAUUCCGCACUCCAAAGUCAGUGCGUCGCGGGGCGCGGGUUUCGAACGAACGCAUCUUGGGAACGCCCGAUUAUCUGGCUCCGGAGCUGCUGCUGAAGCAAGGUCACGGUCCCGCCGUAGACUGGUGGGCAUUGGGAGUAUGCUUCUAUGAGUUCAUGACCGGCAUUCCACCCUUUAACGACGAGACGCCUCAGAAAGUAUUUGACAACAUUCUGAAUAAAAAUAUUGAAUGGCCUGAGGGUGAUGAGGCGUUAUCCGUCGAUGCCAUGGAGGCUGUGGAACUGCUUUUGACCAUGGAUCCCAACGAGCGGCCGGCUGCCAAGGAGGUGCAGCAGAUGCGUCACUUCGCAUGCAUCGAAUGGGAGAAUAUCGGCAAUACGGAGCCGCCUUUUGUGCCCACACCCGACAAUCCCACGGAUACGGGGUAUUUCGAUGCGCGCAACAACCUGCAGCACCUGCAGCUGUCCAAUUUUGCCGUGGAAGACUGACUGCCCAAUCGGAGCCCGGUUGCCUCCGUUUAAGCUCUUUUGUCACGAGCUUUGCCCUUUCGUUAUCCGUAUUUAUGUUUAGCAAUACCUAAGAGUAGUCCUUUAAUGUUCAUUUGUUAUCGUUCGUCUAGUAUUUAUAUUUUGUUUAAAGUUCGUUCAAUUGUAUUAAAAAUUUUGUACAUUCAUUUA